AUGAGUCUCAAAGCAUUGGCCUCGAAGACGGGCAACUUCCAACAACUCCGUGGACUUCUUCGGCCGCCAAAAAACCUCCCGUACAGGGGAGUCUUCCGAAAAGACGGCGAAGUCGUUCGCAAAGACGAGUUGCUAGUGAACCAAUUCAAAAUGAACUAUCAUCCCGGAUUAAAUGUAAGUUUUCAAAACUGUUUUACUUGAAAAAAGGCAAAAAAAAUAAUAGGUGUAUUACGAAAACGAUCGAGGGGAAAGACUGCUGCGUGCUCAUUGUGACGGCGUCGUGCGAAUCACUAAAGAAAAAUGUGAUCCGGAUUUUGGAGUCGAGGAAAUGAAGGGAUACGAGUACAGGAAGGAUGUCGAUCUGUACAAGUUGACGUUCAAUGUGGUUCCUUUCGAUCUCUCGCAAAAGCACACUCUUCGACACGAAGUCUGA